AUGACAUUACGAUCCUGUAGUAUACAUCAAUCAGAGUAUUGCUUAAACAGACUUACUUACCGUGGGUCCAUGGUACUGAACAUCUCCCCACAGCUAAAAUCGCCGAACUUCUGCACAAACAACAUGGCAGAGAUCACAUAUGCUGUGCUGGCUCUUGUGCCGGUUUUGAUAUUUUACCUAUAUCAUCAACUACAACAAUAUCGCUUCAAAAUGUUCGCGCACAUCCCAUCAUCGCUGCAGCCUAAUAUCUUCUUCGGUCAUGUUGGCCACAUGGCCGCUGGGUUCAAGAAGCUCGGCAACUCCAAAGCACAUCCAGAUUAUGUCCUCGAGGAUCUUUGGAUAAACAACGGGCGACCCGAAUUCAUGUUUCUUGACUUCAGACCCAUACAGUACCCCAUACUACUCCUCACAACACACGACCUCGCCGAGCAAGUCGUGAGAGCUACGAGGUCACGUCCAUACAGUGUUACAAAAUCCCCGACCGUUCAAGGAGAAUUUGGUGCACUGGUAGGAAAGCGUUCCAUGUUGACUCAACACGAUGGCGAAAGCUGGAAAGCCCUGCGCAAACAAUUCAACCCCGGUUUUGCACCACAGCACCUAGUCACACUACUUCCUGUUAUAAUCAAUAAGACUAGCCUAUUCAUAGAGAAGCUGGACGCUGCUGCUACGUCCGGUGCAGUCACCGAGAUGGAGAGGCUUUGUGUCAACUGCACCUUUGAUAUCAUCGGCGAGGUAAUUACAAACGUUGACAGUCAUGCCCAAGAAGAGGAGCUCGCCGAUGGAAACAACUUUCUACGGAACUUCCGCCUCCUCUCCGAGACCUACGUUUCCGGCAGUGGCCUUGGACUUGCAGCCAUCAACCCGCUUACCCAGUUCAAACGAUAUUUCUACAGCCGACGCAUGGAUGCCGCCCUUCAUGAGAUCAUCCAGGAUAAAUUCAACACUAUUCAGCAGUCCAGGGGUAGCGAGACCAAACAAACAACGGACCGGUCUGUCCUUGCCCUCGCGCUGCAAGACGUCAAAAGCCUGACGCCUGAUAUCAGUCAAACUGUGGCCGAUCAAUGCAAGACAUUUCUCUUUGCCGGACACGACACGACGUCUAUACUCCUUCAACGCCUCUUGUAUGCGCUCUCCAUUCACCCUUCUUGCCUUUCCAAAAUCCGUGCCGAACACAACUCCAUCUUCGGCUCCCAGGACCCUCAAACUGUGCUCCUCUCCCGACCUGACGAGACGCUGAAGUCGCUCGUGUACACCAGCGCAUGUAUCAAAGAAGCACUGCGCCUCUGGCCACCGGCGGCAACAGCGCGCAUGAGUCACGAUGGGUUCAAGCUUAGAACAAAAGAAGGCGAACAGGUCAUGGUGGACGAGUGUGUUAUCUACCCUAUCCAACACAUCAUCCACCGCGACCCUUCUGUUUAUGGUCCUACAGCGGACGACUUUGUACCCGAGCGCUGGACUGGCGACACAGAUACGUCUACCGCCACCAACGUCGACGCGAACGGGACAACUACCCCUACCGGUACAAUUCCAGCCGGUGCGUGGCGGCCGUUUGAGCGCGGGCCGCGGAACUGUAUUGGCCAGGAGCUGGCGAAUCUAGAAGCUAGGGUCAUUCUUGCGUGUGUAAUACGGCGGUAUGACUUUGUCAAAGUUGGCGUUGGUGAGAUUGAGAAGAACGAGAAGGGUUUGCCGCUUAUUGAUGCGAAAGGGAGGUACAGGACUAAGUCGGAAUUGAUCAGUACCAUGAGUGUAACGAGCAAGCCGAUUGACAAGACGAGAAUGAUUGUCAAGCACCGUCAACCCUAA